GUUUGGUUAGUCAGCUCCGGAGUCUGCAAGCUCGUCAGGCGGGUUAUGCGUUUUUUCCAAGGGUACCUUCAUGAUGACAUAAAAACGAGCCGUCUGCGUAGGCCACUUCGUGAGCUGCAUGUAUCCUGGGAGGUAGCGGAUGACCCAGACACAUUCGGUGUGUUCUGAAGCAGUGCUGCCCUGAGGGAGUCUGGAGGACUGCAGCGAUGCCAGAAUCUUCACUUGAAAUCAAGGACACUUCCUGCAGCUCUUCAAGAUACAGAAUGUCUUCUCUGAGGCAGUACAGCCAAUCAUCAGUGCUCUCUCUGCCAAUGACCAGAAACCCCUACAACAUGCCUACAAUAAGUGCCUUCUGUACAGAGGACAAUGUGUCAGAAUGUAUCGCAUACAUCAAUCGGGAGGUAUCCUCUCUGGGCUUUCCAUUGCUUUGCACAGAGUCUAACAAUGGUCCUGAACUGAAUCUGGUGACCGUGCUGAACAACGUGUACAACCUGCUCCAGCUGCACCGCCGGUGCCUGCAGACAGUGGAGGACAUUGAAGUGGAGCAGGUCAAGUCUAACAGCAACAUGGACUAUCUGCAGCUCAGCAACACUAGACUGAAGGAUCAACUUGAACUCUCCAAGAGGGAAAACACUGGACUUCUUGAGAGAGAACGUCAGCUACAGCUGAAAGUGAAGAGCUUACAUAACUGCCUGAAAAAUGAAAAAGAAGAGGUACAGAAACUUCAGAGCGUCAUAGCGAGCCGUGCCACUCAGUACAAUCAUGACAUGAAGAGGAAAGAAAGGGAGUUCGGCAAACUAAAGGAGCGCCUGAAUCAGCUUCUGAUCGACAAAAAGGAUAAGAAACAAACACUUGAAGUUUUGAACUACGUGGGAAGAUCGGAUGGGAAGAGAAGCCUUUGGAAAACUGGGAAGACUGAGGCCAGACAUGAGGGAGAGAUGUAUAAGACUCUACUGAACGACUACGACAGUCGCCACAAGCACCUAUUGAUGGAGAAUGCAGAGUUAAAGAAAGUAUUACAGCAGAUGAAAAUGGAUAUGGUCACCAUUUUGAGCCCCAGGAAACCUAGCCAAAGUGGCAAGAAGCAUGAUGACAGUCUAGAACAGGCCAGCUCAGAGGAGGAUGAGGUGUGUGACUCAAGUAGAGAGAGCCUGGAGCUGUCCUGUGAGCAUGCAAGGGAACAGCUCACCAAUAGCAUUCGCCAGCAGUGGAGGAGACUAAAGAGCCACGUGGAGAGACUGGACAGCCAAGCGUCCUUGGUGGGGGAGAGAGCCAACAUGAGCGCCAUCCCCAAAGAGGUCCAUGAAGAGGAGAUGGACAGGCUGAAACUAGAGAUCCAGCAGUAUAAAGACUUCAUCCACACACAGCAGCAGCUCCUGCAGCAGCAGCUGAACUUCCCAUGUGACGAUGAGACAGCCUCGCUGCUCAACGACUGCUACAUGCAGAAGGAGAAGGAGCGCCUCAAGGAGGAUUGGAAGUCCUUCGAAGAAAAACGGAAGAACUUUGAGGCGGAAAGGAGGAACUUCACAGAGGCAGCCAUAAGACUGAGUCACGAGAGAAAAGCAUUUGAGGAGGACCGCGCCACAUGGCUCAAACAUCAGUUUUUAAACUUGACUCCAUUUGGAGACCAAAUGAAACCACAGAUGUCAAAGUCUCAAAGUGCCUUAUCAGUAUGGGCUGAGUCAGAGGUUAGGCCUGUGUCGACUCCAGCCAAGUUAAAUAAAUCACUAUCCCACACGGCUUUCUCCACAUCCAGAGCCUCCCCAGCGAAGACGCCACCCACGGCAGAUCUGUAUCGCACACACCGCCUUAUCCCAGAAAAAAGCCCGAGCACAAUCCACCCAAAGCAGGACUCCAGCAUCCUUCGCAAUGGUGACGUUCCUGCCCAGCUCCGACACGCGAAUGGAGGAGCAAAUCGCAGAGCAUACACAUUCACGGGAGAUAGAAACAGCUCCAUUUAAACACAGGGAUAGACGCCUCGGUCUUUUCCCAUGACAAUCCAUGCUCUUAAACCAUUCAAUAUCAAGUGUAGUAUCAAAGGUAGUCAGACACACUUAAAUGGAAACGCCAAACAUAUUUAGUUCUUGUUUGUAGAACUUAAUAAAAUAAAAAAUAUAUAAUUUAACCAGACAAAAAGGACCCGGACAGACGAGGCCCCUGUCUGUGUUUUGAUAGAGCCGUAAUAUUUUUGCUGCUGAGUGGCUCAUUGUAAACGACAGGGACAAAUUAGUCUGGUUUUUAAUGUAAUGUUGGUGUUUGUAGAUGUCGUUUUGUAUAUAUUUCAUGUCAAAUGUCUUUGUUGUAUUACCUUUUUGUUAAGGCCACGUAGUUUUAUAAAGUUGAGUGUUUAUACGUAGGCACUCUGUCGGACAGAGUAAUGUAUGUAUCAUGGUCAACAUUGUUUCCCCCUUAAAUAUUGGAUAGCAUCUUAGAAUGUACUUUUAUUUCGAUGCUGCCGAUACACCAAAGGCAAUAAGAUAUAUUAGUUCCGUCAAUUUCAGAAAUACAUUUAAACUGUGUCUUUCCCCUUGAAGUGAUUGUGACGAUGACAAAGCAAUAUUGCUCAAGGCUAUUGUGUUUAUUGUUGUAGAUGCAGCGCACGGAACAGUCACAGCGAGGCGGAUGCACUUUAUAACUGCAAGUGUCAAGUGAAAGUGUUUUCUGCAUUGAUUUCUUAUUUUACAAUUCACCGUGAAAAGUGACUGCCAUUCAAUUGCUGUUGUUAGAGGGCUAUAAUGUAUCAGAGACCAUCUUUGGAUGCACAGUUGGAUUUAUUACAAUUUGAAUGGUCAAGAUCUCA